AUGGGAGAGGUGGUUUCACUUCUCGCUCGUGACGAUGUCGGUCCUGUAGAGGCCGAUAGAGGAGACUUCGCAAGGCGGUUGCUUCCAACUGUAUUGAAGACCACCACAACUAUGUUGAGGGAUAGAGCAAAGGCGAAGGAUGGAUCAGGCGUUGUUGAUGAUCCUUUGGUGAGAAGAAUAGUGUGCGUGCUUUUAGACAUGGUUCGCCAAAUGUCCGAGGAGCAGUACUCUUUGCUCGUGAAAGCACUCGAGCACGAAAAUGCGGGUGGUUCCGGGUCCCUUAUAUCGGAUGCGUUGGCGCUUAUUUUGGAACUUCUGCAGCGACCUGUGUUCAGGCCUCACUGGGCUGAUAUGUUACAUUUGCAGCAUUACGUUAUGUUGCACGCAUUGAGGUAA